GCAACCCAACUCUCAGGUUUCCCUGAGAAACCCACAUAAACUCAAGUGCCGGCUUCAAAACCCCAUUGGUAUGCGCGCAGGACUCGAAUCCAAAGCCUCUCUCCGCUGAGCCAGAGCCGGCCACCUCCUCCCCUGAGGGCAAUGAGGCUGUGAGGCAACGACUCCCAGGGCAGGAGACGUGGCAGUCCCAGGCUGGGCAGCUCCAUCAUGAGGGAGAAAAGGCUGACCACCGUGCCCCCAUGUAUAAGAGAAAAUGAGUUUGAAGAUUUUUUAGCUACUGAUGACAUACUUGUAGACUUCUUUAAUGAAUUCUUGAGUCUCCCAGCCUUUGCAGAGACAAUUAAAUAUAAUGCUGAUUUUGGAAUUUUUGAAGUGGCUAGUGAUGCCCCAGAACAGAUAGAAAAUCAGCUGAAAAAGUUGUUGUAUGAACAGAAACCUCGGAAUCCCAUUUACGAUGUUACAAGACCAACAAAAUCAGAAAGUCCUGUUUCUAAAGACCUCAGUCGUCAACCACUGGCACCACCACCAGCACACUUAAAUAUUGAUCUAAAUUAUGCAGCAAUGUGUCUGGAUCGAGAACAGGCCAUUACAUGGAUUAAAAAGGAAAGAUUGCCUGCAUUUUUAGAGAGUGAUUGUUACUUUGAAUACAGGUUAGCUAAACUUGUAUCACAGGUAGAGUGGAGCAGAACAGGUGUCAAUUUUGUUAUAGAUAAAAAGUAUUACCCUUGGUUCAGAAAAAUGCCACCACCCCCAGAAGCCUUUGAAGAAGAUGAAGAUGACGUGAUUAUGAAAAAGUUCUAUGUCUCUCUUGGCCAGGCUACUGUCACCCAGACAAAGGAUUGGUUUACUCUAGCCAAGCAAAGAGAGCACAUGAUCACUACGGAUUCUAUUACUCACCCCGUGUCAUCUUCCCACGUUCGUUUUUCUUUUGAGCCUUCAAAGAUGUCUUCUUCAAAUAUAGAUUUCAGAACUAAAGAAAUGUUGCCUACAGCUUCCUCUAUACUUCUCAAUGCAACAGUUUACAGCAGUGGUCAUGCAGAACUGGAAUCCAAGCUUAAGAAGAAGCAAAGCCCAACAGGUAUUCCUCUUCUUCAACAGGCAAGAGCCAGGCGAAGCAUAGAUGAGGGUCAUUCUGUAUCAGUUCCUGAUACUCCUUCACACACCAUGUUAAGAGCAUAUGUAGAACAGAACUGGGAUUCUGCUCCUCAGGAACAAAUGUGUGAUGACCUUGCUCGAUACCAAGAACUUGCAUGUUUUCGGACUGUGGAUGAGUUUACAUUAGCCUACAUUCAGUAUAUACUAAAGAACUCUGUUGCUGUGAUAACUGGAAUGCCUCUUAAACUCAACCCUACUGAUGUCAACUUCAAUAGAGUGUCAAGAGUACUUGUAUAUGAAAUAGAAGACAGUGAUUCUUUCAUGGAGCCUCUAUUAGAACACACUCCCCUGCUUGAGGAUGAUACAGUGGAAAGAGAGAGUGAAAUUAGUACAAAAUCUGAAAAAGAUAACACUGAAACCAGGGCUGCCUGGUGUAUAAGCCACAAGACUUACGAUAUUGGUAACAGGCAUGAGUUUGAAAGGUUCAAGGGGUUCAUCAAAGGGACUUUGGGUGAAAGAUACUGGUGGCUUUGGGUAGACAUAGAAAGACUGAAGGCCCUGAGAGAUCCUAAGAGGCAGAAAAGACAGCUUGAUAGGAUGAAAAAAAUCUACCUAGUGAGCAAUGGAGAUUAUUUCCUUACCUCUGAAGUUCUGCAGAAACUAAACCUGGAGGAUGGAGAUCGGUGGAACUUGCAUAACCUGAGACGUAUUCAGUCUGAAGUAGUGAAACCUUUGCUUCUCUACUGGGGCCCCAGAUUUUGUGUCAUUCAUACAGCUGCCAUACAGACGCUAAAUAGGAAGCUGAAAAUCUGGCAUUCCCGACAGCAAAAGCCACGGAUGGAUGUGGAUCCUUUCCCACAGAUGGUGUCACUGUUGCCGCUGAGAGCUAAAUCUUGUAUGCCAAAAAUAGCACAUCAGAGGGAAGAAAUCAGUUCAGCACCACCUCUGUCAAAAGGAGCUGUAGUAGAUAUGUAUUCCCAGAGGCCUCCCAGGCUGUUAUCUGCAAUCCUGCCACGAAGUCAAAGUGCUGUGCAGGAAGAUCCUGAUGGCUUAGUUGAUUUAGCAGAUAUUAGUAGACAAAGACCAGCUACAGCAUGCAGCAAUGUGACUCACCUGACAGUAUUUCCUGACAAAAUGGAUUAUCUGAAGCCGCAACUAGAUAGAAAAUAUACCUAUGCAGAAGUAAUCCCAGGUAAAACAUCACCAGACAUUUCUGAACUAGGAAGUUCUACAAUGGAGAGGAUGCUACAGUCCCUUAAUACAGAAAACAGAGCAGGCUACGUCUUCACAGACUUUUGUGAAAAGUCAGGAAAUAUGGUAUGGAAGAACAGCACGUACUUCUGGUUUGACUUGCAGGAUUAUCAUCAACUUUUCUACCAAGAAACCCUCCAUCCUUUUAAACUCUGCAAGCAAGCUCAAUUCCUUUAUGCUAAUUACAUCGCUCCUUCUGCCAAUAUGGAUAUUGGGCUACAACAGGCUACUAAAAAUGAGAUAUAUUCAAAAAUUGAGCCACCAUUUGAAGAUCUUUUUGACUCAGCAGAAGAAUACAUCCUUACUCUUCUCUUGGUUCCAUGGAGGAAGAUGGUGGAACAAGAUAAAGAAUCUUAUAGGAAGGUGGAGCUGGUGGAAGAAACUCGACAGCUGGAGUCAGUGUACUUUAGAAAGCUGCAGGCUUUGCAUGAAAAGAGUAUUUCCAAGAAGAGUGAGAUUUUGGCUGUGGAAGAAGACAAGGUCCCAGAGCGCUCUGAUUCCACUACAGUUGCAGAACGCCCAGCUCAAAUCCUCCCUGAAGCAGAUAAGCCAUACAGCAUUGCAGAAUUGUUGCAGAAACGGCUGGAUUUGGAACAGUUCAGAAUCUUUCUUGAACAGCAAUCUGCCAGUGUAGACCUCAUGUGCUGGAUAGACAUUGAGCAGUUCAGGAGGAUGCUCCACAAAAACAAAGCACAGAGAGAAGAAAAAUCUAAGGAGAUUAAAAAUAAAUAUCUAAAUAAGAAAUACUUCUUUGGACCUGAUAGCCCAGCUACAAAAGAGGAACAAGAGCAGAUAAUGAAAUUAGGUGGUGGCUGGGGACAAAUACUUCAUGAACAAGUUUGUCCUAAGAUCCUGCUAGAGGUUCAAAAAAGCAUCCAGGCAAGGCUUGAGAAAAAGUGGCUGCCACUAUAUUUUUCAAGUGAAGAAUCAGGACCAAAGAAAAAACCAAAGCCACACCUAGAAGAUGCUGCAGAAGAUAUUUUAAUUCAGAGAUUUGAAAAGAAAAUAGAACCGUGGAAGCAUGUGGACAAUAAGUGGGUUUCUUCAUCUCAGGAAAUAAUAACUUUCCGCAAAGCCCUGUUGAAUCCCAUCACGGCCUUUCAGUUUCAGCGCUUUGUGUCACUGAAAGGAGAUUUACUGGAGAACGGGGUAAUCUUUUGGCAAGAGGUGCAGAAAUAUAAGGAUAUGUGUCAUUCGCAUUGUGACGAUGCCAUAAUCCAGAAGAAGAUCACAGAAAUCAUCAGGUGCUUCAUUAAUUCAUCCAUUCCGCCAGCAAUUCAGAUUGACAUACCCGAAGAGCAAGCUCAGAAGAUUAUUGAGCAAAGGAAAGAGCUGGGCCCUUAUGUGUUUAGGGAAGCACAGAUGACUAUUUUUGCACUGCUCUUCAAAUUUUGGCCAAAAUUUUGUGAGUUUCGAAGCAAUUUGGCUGAUGAGAACAUUUUGCCUCUUCUGGACAAGCAGAGAGAGAAGACGUUAGAGAAAAUGAAAAAAGCCAAAGAAGCAGAAGAAAAGGUCCCAAGGAAGAGAUCUGCUGUGUCUGUAAAGACAGGAGCAGCUACAACUAUGACUACAGGUCUUGAAUCUAGGCGAACAAGUAAAAGUGAACUUUCAUCUACACCAAGCUUUUCUGGGUUUGGCAGACAGCUUUCCUGGAAUUAUUCAAAGUACCUGGAAGCUCUCCAGCAGGAAAGAGUCCUCCUGAAGAUUCAGGAAGAUCUAGAGAAAAAGGCAGUCAACUCAUCAGCUUAUGCAGGAGUCUCCUCCAUUUUCACAUUUAAGAGUGAUCUUCACCCUGUGCCUGAGAAAGCGGUUUACCCAACACCCUUCACUUCAGCUUUUGUCAAGCAACAACGUACACAUCCACCUAAAGACAAUGAAAGAACUCCAAAACUUUAAGGAAGGUGAUGAAGAAGUUGUGUAUGCAGCCAUCAUAGGAAUUGUCUAUAGCCAAAAGAAACUAGUGCAGGUUAUUAGCUUUCACUCAUACUCGAAGAAGAUUGGCAUCCAUCUCCUAAUAUAAUUGUUAACAGAAGAGAAACUGAUUUAAGUGAUAACUUUAUUUAGUCUGUGAUUAUGUCUUCAUGCUUUCUGCUUUGAGAAGGAGUGAUUAUCGAACAACAUGAUCACAAAGUAUUUUCAUGACUCAGUUCUAACUCAGUGACAGACCACAUACUUUGCAUGUAAAAGGUUCAGGCCUGGUAUUUCUAGGUAAGGCCCUUCCUGAAAUGGAGGAGAAUUUCAGUCAAUGAUUCUCAACCAUUGGAUCUCCAGAUGCUCUGGACAUCAUCUUUCAAAAUCUCUGGCUAUCAUUGACCACGCUGGUGAGACUUCUGGGAGCUAAACUCCAAAAUAUCUGGAGAGGCUGAAGAUUGCACUGGCCAGGCCUCAUCUGGAGUACUGCAUUCAGUUAUGGGCUCCUUAUUUUAAGAAGGAUAUAGACAAGUUGAAGCAGGUUCAGAAAGGGGCAGUGAGGAUGCUAAGAAGUAUGGAGAAUAAAACGUAGGAACUCAGCUUGUUCAGUUUGGUGAACAGAAGACUGGGGGGUGCCAUGAUGGCACUCUUUAAAUACGUCAAGGGUUGUCACAGAGGAGAGGGCAUCUCUGCUAUCCCAGAGGGAUACAGCCAGGUCUAAUGGUCUGAAGUUACAGGAGAAUAGAUUAUGAUUGAACAUUACUUGACAGUAAGGAUGGUUUGGCAAUGGAACCAAUUGCCUUGAGAGGCAGUGGGAUCUCUUUUUCUGGCUAUCUUCAAAAUGAGCCUGGAUAGGUACCUGCUGGGAAUGCUUUAGCUGGAGAUAUUAGGUGGACUAGAUGGCCCCUUCCUAU